CUCUAACCGUAGUCGUCCACCCCCUUUAAACAAGUCGAAGAAGAAAAAGAGUCGCGACUCUACGUCAUCAAUACGCGCCUUUGCUCGCAGUCUCUGGCAGGUCCAGACAUCCCACACCAUCCUCUGACAAGAUCCGGUCCACUUUGCCUUCCACUACGUCCAUGCCAUGUUGGCCAAAACGGAGGAAAGGAAGCGACAGAAAGGCGAAGGAAAGAAGAGGAGACACCCUGGUGACGAUGGAGAAGGAGGAGACAGGAAGAAGAGGGCAGGGGAAGAAGGCGAAGGCUCUCAGGGAGACGGGGCCAGGAAGCGCCUGGACGCCCUGAGUGUGGGCUAUUUCCGCCGAGUCGGGGAGAGACUCGGCGAAGGCUUUGACGAAAAGGAGGAGAGAGAGAUGUUCGUAGCGAAUGUCCUCACAGAGGUUAAAGGCAAAGCAGUGGUUGUGGCAAAGGACCAGACGGGAAGUAUCACCCUGCAGCGGCUGCUCCCGCUGUGCAGCCCUGAGCAGGUGGCGGAGGUGCUGGCUGAGCUUGGCGAUCCAGCGGGGUCCGAAUUGAAGAAUGUUUCAUGCGAUAAAUGCGGCGGCCACGUGGUGGAGAGUGCCAUCAGACAGAUAUCCAGGUGGAGUGAAUCGUCACAAAAGGAGACGCCCGGGACAACGGAAGACGACGACGAAAAGGACGGUUGUGAUGCAUUGGAGGCCCAGGUGUUGUCUUUAAGUCGGGUGGUGAGAGACAACAUUGCAGAGUUCAUCAAACAUGUCCAUGGCUCACACGUGGUCCGCACACUUUUACAUGUGUUGGCUGGCUGCAUCGGACCCCCUCGCACUGAGUCUCGUCCAGGUCCUAAGGUACACAACAUUGUUCCUCAGCUGACAGACUUUGAGGUUCCCACGUCAUUCUGGUACGAGCUGAAAAGCCUGACCGAGGCUUUGAUGGAUAACGUUAAUUUAAGUGUGGUGGAUUCUGUGGCCAGUGCCGUGUUCCAGACCAUGUUGACCGUGUGUCACAGAAAGCGGCCUAAACUCUGCAAGCAGCUCCUCAGGCGCACCACGGAGUACCUGACGAGUCGCAGCGCCGCCCCGGGAGUGAGUCCCCUUCUGGUCUUUCUCAAAGACCCGGCCUCCAGUCGCCUCGUUGAGACGAUCAUACAGCUAUCCGACAAGUCGCUUCUCCGGGACCUCUACAAGAACCACCUCAAGGGUCAGAUGGUGGACUUAGCUCUCCAUUCCAUCGCCAACUUCCCCAUACAGAGGCUAACGGCGGCCUCGGCCAAACACAAAAUGUUCCUGACGUUGUUUGAUGAGCUGAUCCAAGGUAUUGAAUCCAUCUUGGCCGCAGGUCACAUGGGUGUGAUUGUCCAACUGGCCGAGAGCUGUGCAGAAAGCGGAGAGAAACAGACAGACCUGAUGCAGUGCCUCCUCCGUGCGUUCCACUGUGCUGAGCCCGGCUCGCGACAUGUCAGCUGCCUCCCUCUCUUCAUGUCCCUGCUCACCUUCGAGGUGUACUACCACUCUGACACAGCGGAGGGGGACACACAGACGGAGGUGCCGCUGUCCUCCAUCUGUUACCACGGCUCCCGGCUGGUCCAGGCACUCGCCAAGUUCAAGGAGCGCUCGCUCCUCCUCAGCAGCCUGCGCACUCUGACCCCUGCUGACCUUCUGACGCUGGCUUCGGACCCGUCGGGCAGCCAUGUUCUGCAGGCACUAAUCACCACGUCGAGUGACAAAGGGAGGGGGAAGAUCCUCAAGAGACUGGAGGGCCAGUAUGCUGCCAUGGCCUGCUCCAGGUUGGGGAGUCGUGUGUUGGAAGCCAUAUGGAACAGUGCUUCAGUCAGUCACAGGCAAGGCAUCGCACAGGAACUAGUGCUGAGUGAAAGCCAGCUGAGGUCACAUCAGUUUGCUCGCCAUGUGUGGUCCAAAUUUGCCCUCUCCCACUUCACCCACCGAAGAGCCCACUGGCAGGAAAUACAAGCCGGCGAGUCCAAAAAGCGGAAGCUCUUUAGUGACAUUCUUGCGUAAUCUUUUAUGAUAUUUUAUAUUAUUUUGCUAUGUAAUCGGAUAAAAAUAAAAACGGCAUGGAUUUG